AGUCAGCACGAAAGAUGUUGAACUAAUGCACAAUUGAUGUAACAGCAGCUUUUAGACCAUUUUAAACUUCUCCUUGUAUCUGCUUGCCAUGGCAGGAAACAAAAAGCAGAAGGGGGAAAGUGAGAAUCAUUUCCUUUCAGAAAGGCCCUAAAAUGAAGCUUGUUUCCUAAAACCAUGAAGUGACUCUAAACUUAUUCAGAGUAAAACUCAUCACAAUUUAUCUUGGCGUCUUGUUGAGAAGUUGCGCAUCUAUGGAGCUCCCGACAGCGCUGGCUCGCCUCACUGACUCCAACCAGACCGUCAAGAAUGAGUCAUCUGAGGCCUGUUCACGAGAUAAUUUUCUGAAGAUCAUCGUGUUGCCUCUUCUCUACACUGUCCUCUUCAUCCUGGGUCUGUCACUGAACGGCCUGGCAGCAUGGGUGUUCCUCCGAAUCCCUAGUAAAUCUCACUUCAUCAUCUAUCUGAAGAACAUCGUGGUGGCCGACAUUAUCAUGACCCUCACCUUCCCCUUCAAGAUCCUCACCGAUGCGGAGCUGGCAUCUGUCAGCGGGCGUGUGUUCGUCUGCCGCGUGUCAGCCGUGGUCUUCUACAUGACUAUGUACAUCAGCAUCCUCUUCUUUGGCUUGAUCAGCAUCGACCGCUGCAGAAAGACCAUGUGGCCCUUUGUGGGCACCAGCCAUAGACACCUGCUAUACAGAAAGAUCCUCUCGGGCUUCAUAUGGAUGUCGCUCUUGGCUCUUUCUCUGCCCAACAUAAUCCUGACGAGCCGUCCCAGCACUUCUGACCACAUUAAAUGCAGUGACCUCAAGACAGAGAUGGGACUGAAGUGGCACGAGCUGGUCAACUACGUGUGCCAGGUGAUCUUUUGGGGGAACCUCGUGACUGUGAUAGUAUGCUACACGCUCAUCUCGAAAGAGCUCUACAAGUCUUACGCCCGCACACAAGCUCAACACCAGGCAACGCCAGGAACGAACACCCCUCAGAAGAACAUUCAAGCCAACGUGUUCCUGGUGUUGGCGGUCUUCAUUGUUUGCUUCGUUCCCUUCCACUUCGCCCGAGUGCCGUACACCAUCAGCCAGACACAUGAAAGCACGCAAAAUUGCCAGCAGAAGCUGUUUCUCUUCCAGCUGAAGGAGAGCACGCAGUGGCUUUCCUCCCUUAACUCUGUGCUGGAUCCUCUCAUCUACUUCUUCCUCUGUAAGUCGUUCAGGAGCUCGCUGUUUAACACUAUGUGUCUGUCUCCAGGCCGCUGCAGGGCGCUCAGGGAGCUCGGGACAGACUCGCCCAGCCCUUCUCAGAUGUGAAGGACACACAGUCUUUCUCUGCUGCUGGAAACACUCUCAUCAUCUACAGUGAUAGUCUUACUGACAUCAAUAUUCUUCUGUGCUUAAACAUAUUUCGGCGCUUAGAGCUGGGCAGUAACUGAUCACAUAUAAUCUUGGUUAAUCAGGACUGCGUUUCCCAAAAGCAUCGUAAGCUUAAGUACACCGUAGACCCACUGAAACCAAUGGAGCUAUGAUGGAAACGCAGCCCAGAUUCCAAAAAUUAAGUAGGGCCUACUUGUAAUUAGAUUAAAUUACAUUUUACAAUACUCAUAAUCAGAUUACAGUUACUGUAAGCUAUAGCUAUAUAUUUAUUGAUUCUCUCGAAUUCCACUUUUCCAUCUUUUAAAUGUUCCUUUCUAAAAUAGUCCACUGUUUAUAUGCUCUCAGAAAUUCUUCCAGUUUUGUGAACGUUCACACAGAGAUCAGUCGUUAAUCAUGUGGCUACACUGCAUUUGACCACUGGAUAUACAAAAAUCAUUUCAGGUUUAAUAAGUGUUGAACAUUGCAUCAACUACUGAUCAACACAUUAUUUUUUAUUUGAAUUAUCACUCUGUAGGUUAUUUAACCCUGUAUUACUAUAGCUUUGGGAGACAUUUGUCUUUUUGACACAUUAAAAUGCACAAAUUCACAAAACUUUCUAUCACCUGAUCCUCUUUCACCUAAUAUAUUUUCUUAACAUAAUGUUUAAUGUGCUUCAUCUUUUUAACAACAGUGAAUGGAAUAUAUUAAUAUUUGUAUUUUUUAUAUCAAUA